AUCACCAAAUCGAAUUCCGAAGGGAACGCUCGGCAGCACGGCCGCAAGAAGAGAGCUCAAUCCUCCUCUGGAGGGAGCUCAAGAAGCGUGGCCUAUGCACCGCGAGGGGAAUUCCACCACCGCGAAAGGGAAGGCGAAGCGGUGAAGGGAGGCCACAUCAGAUUCCAACGAGGGAGGAAGGAGGGGGAUGGAUGAGGAGGAGGAGGAGGAGGAGGAAGAGGAGGCACCCCCCAACUGGCGACGCAGCGGUGCGCGCGAGGGUCUCAGCCCCCCGCGAAAGCCUCGGCCGCCGUCGGCAGGGCCCCGCCCGCGCGCCCGCGCCCAGCCUUCGGGCCUUCCAGAGAGACAAGCCGCCCCGCCGCCGCCGCCGCCGACGCCGUCCUCCGCCAGCGGCACGUGGGGCCCGUCCGCGAGCCACCAAUCCCCAGCAGGGCUGGACCGCGCGCCCGCCCGCGGCGAGGCCGUGGCGGCCUCGCGCUGCACCUCCUCUAGAGGUUGCGACACCGGGAGCGGCCCUGGGAAACGCGUGACCCGUGGUGCGCGGUUUCUUGUAUCAAGGGCGCGGACUUUGGAACAUCAAUCAGAAAUAGCCACAACCAAUCAAACAUAG